GGGAUAGAGAUAGAAGUGGAUUUUAGGGCGCUGCGAUGACGCACGCCCCACGUCUAGGGCUUUGAUUUCUUGGGAUGGCUGCCAUGAGCACGCAGCGGCAGCGCGCGCUGGGCGUAGCGCUGCUCUGCGGCGGCUCGAUCGUCGCCGGCAGCAAGCUGCUCCAGUUGCGGAUCAAGGCGUUCCAGAAGGAGCAAUGGGAGUUGUGCGAGAGCGCCACUUCCAGGCAGAAUAUGCAGCUCCUGUCCCGGCGCCCCAAGGUAUCGGUCGAUGGCCUCUUUGCCAAGCGGCUUGUCGAGAUUUUGAGAAUUUGCAUCCCGUCGAUCAAGUCCAGGGAGGUGCUCUUCAUUGUGAUCCAGACGUUGCUUCUAUACAGCAGAACACGUUUAACAGAGCAAAUGGCAAGCAUCGAAGGCGUGACGGGCCAAUCUGUAAUUUCCAAGGAUUGGUCAUUGUUCAGCACUAACUUGAUGGGAUUCGCUCGAGUAGCGAUUCCAGCAGCAAUUGUCAACAGUGGCCUAAAGUACAUGCAGACAAUCAUCAGUCUUGCGUUUCAACAACGUCUUGCAGAGCAUUUGCACCAGUGCUACUUGACAAAUCGCGUGUAUUAUGUAGCUUCGACACUGAGGGGUUUAUCUAACGCUGACCAGCGCAUCACGGAAGAUGUUGCAAAGUUUUCCGUGGCUAUUAGUGAGCUUUACUCGUAUACGUUCAAACCUGUGUUGGAUAUCAUCGUCUUUACGCGUUCCCUUGCGAAGACCAUUGGGUACAAGGGGCAAUUUCUACUUUAUGCGUACUUUCUGUUUUGCUCAACCUUCUUGCGGAGUGUAAGUCCUCCUCUUGCUCUUAUGACAGCACAAGAGGCUGCUUUGAGCGGAAACUUUAGGAACGCGCAUCAAAGGAUAGUUGCGAAUGCCGAAGCUAUAGCUUUCAAUGACCCUCCUGGUGGAGAUACGGAGCGCAUGAUUUUGAAUGACCAUCUUUACCGGCUGAUACGUCACUCUCGAUUGUCAGCAUUUCAAAGAUUUAUUCAGCAGGUUGCUGAUGGUUAUCUCAUCAAAUAUGCUGCAUCUAUUGUGGGAAUUUGCGUAUAUGCUGCUCCUUUCUAUUACAGCAAGCAGAGACAUGAUGCGACAAUAGCAAGUGGCGAUUACAUAAGGUCAUUGCGUUUGAUGGUGAGCACAUCAAAUGCAAUAGGCCAGCUGGUCCUAGUUUAUAAGAGAGUCACGGCACUUGCUGGACAUUCCUCCCGUGUCUCUGAGCUCCUGGAAUCGGUAAAACAACUGAGUACAAGAGAAGGCCGACUUCGUGCAAGCCACAUAAGGCGAUUGUCAUGGCAUUUUGAGCAAGAAUCAUCUGUUCAAAAUCCACCCCGCCUUCUUUAUGGAGAUAGCAUAAAGUUCAGGAACGUCACCAUCUCAGCACCUGAUGCCACUCCAUUGGUUCGGGAUUUGAGCUUUGAGCUGCUACCAGGUCACUCUAUCAUAAUUAUGGGUCCAAAUGGAAGUGGAAAGUCAUCAAUUUUUCGCGUGCUGGCUGAGCUUUGGCCUCUCCAAAAUGGCACAAUAACGAGACCGCCACGAGGUGGAGGCGUUUUUUACCUUUCACAAAGGCCAUACCUCGUGCGUGGUACACUGAGAGAUCAAGUUCGAUAUCCAGCAUUACCCCUGACGCUGACACGUAAAUCCGACAAGAAGUCUUGGUCCCAAGGCUGCCGCUCCGUCAAGAAUGACAGGCAUCCAGACGAUGCUCGUGUUUUGGAGGCACUAAAUGCAACGGAGGUUGGCUACUUGGUUCACCGUGGAGAUGGCUUGGACCAGAACCAGAACUGGGAGGAGACACUGUCUGGAGGAGAAAAGCAACGCCUUGCAGUUGCCCGGCUUCUUUUCCACAAUCCCAAGUUUGCUGUAUUGGACGAGUGCACGUCCGCCGUGAGCGCCGAUGGUGAAGAGAAGCUCUACAGGCAAUUACACGAGAGAGGCAUAACAAUGCUCUCAAUCGCCCAUCGACCCGCAUUGAUGAAGUACCACACCGCAGUCCUCUACUUAGAUGGCAGCCAAUCGGGCUAUGGCUGGAGAUACGAGGUCCUGAAAGCUAAAGCUGCCGAAGAUAGCUGAGCUUUCGCCUCACUCACAAAUAAAAGCGACGAGUCAAAACCCAAA